CUCUUAUUGGAUCAAGACCGAGAGAGGCAGAGAGAGGGCGAGAGAGAGAGAGAGAGAGCAAAGGCAAACAAGUGGAGAGAGAGAGAGAGAGUUGGAAGCCAGCGCUGUGCUUCAUCGAUCUGCAGAGGUGCACCGAGGACCUUCUGUCGGACACAUCUGAUCUUUCAGUUUUUAUUAAGGGAAUGCCAGAAGUAGAGUCGCUCUUUGGAAAAUGCUUCUGGAAAAUUUGGUAGUGGUUGUGUUCUGUCUGUGGGGCAUUGAUGUCAGCAGAGCUUAUGUGUUUCAAGCCAGCCGACCUUCAGAGGGAGGAGACAACCCGCCAUCUCAUACUAAAAUCAUUUCAGAGUGGGUCAGCUCAGCAGGCUCCUGUAAGGGGAGGUGCUUUGAGCUGGAGGUGGCCAGCCCUCCAGGAUGCAGAUGUGACAAUCUCUGCAAAACCUACUACAGCUGCUGCUCUGACUUUGAUGAGCACUGCCUGAAAACAGAGGGAGGCUUUGAGUGCAAACCGGAUCGGUGUGGGGAGGAGAGGAACGAAGACCAUGCCUGCCACUGCUCAGAGGACUGCCUGGAAAAAGGAGACUGCUGCUCAAAUUACAAGUCCAUUUGCAAAGGUGAGACUUCAUGGCUGCAAGAAGAAUGCGAGGACAUCAAGAGUCCUGAAUGCCCUGCAGGCUUCAUCCGUCCUCCUCUCAUCAUGCUCUCACUCGAUGGGUUCAGAGCCUCCUACCUGAAGAAGGACCAAUCUGUCAUCCCAAACCUUCAUAAACUUAGAGGAUGUGGUACGUCCACGCCGUACAUGCGACCAGUCUACCCCUCAAAAACAUUUCCAAAUUUGUACACCCUAGCCACAGGUCUGUACCCAGAGUCCCACGGGAUCGUGGGGAAUACCAUGUAUGACCCAGACUUUAACGCCACGUUCACCCUGCGUUCCAGAGAGAAACUGAACCACCGCUGGUGGGGCGGACAGCCUAUCUGGAUCACCGCUGAGAAACAAGGAGUGAAACCAGGCACGUUCUUCUGGCCUUGGGUGAUUCCUCUUGAAAGGAGGAUUUUGACCAUCCUGCACUGGCUGCACUUGCCCGAUGAUGUAAGGCCGUAUGUUUAUGCUAUCCACUCAGAGCAGCCCGAUGCCUACGGGCAUCGAAUGGGUCCACUCAGCAGUGAGCUGGACAACCCUCUGAGGGAAAUUGACAACAUCAUUGGUCAGCUAAUGAAUGGACUGAAGCAGAUGAACCUGCACCGCUGUAUCAAUCUCAUCAUUGUAGGAGAUCACGGGAUGGAGGAGGCCCACUGUGACAGGACAGAGUUUCUCAGCAGCUACCCACUCAACAUAGACGAGAUCAUGCUGAUCCCUGGCUCACUGGGCAGAAUACGACCCCGUGAGCCAAAAUCGACCACGUAUGACCCAAAAGUUGUGGUUGCAAACCUCACUUGCAAAAUGCCAGCUCAGCACUUCAAGCCAUACCUGAAACGGGAUUUACCCAAGAGGCUUCACUACGCCAACAACAGACGGAUUGAGGAUGUCCAUCUGCUGAUGGAGAGGAAGUGGCACAUUGCCAGGAAAAUGCCAGAAAAACCGAGGACUCGAUGUGGUUUCUUUGGUGAUCACGGCUUUGACAACAAGAUAACCAGCAUGAGGACAAUCUUUAUUGGCCAUGGGCCGAGUUUUAAAUUUCAGAAGAUGGUGCCAGAGUUUGAGAAUAUAGAGUUAUACAAUGUCAUGUGUGACUUGUUGGGUUUGAAGCCAGUUCCAAACAAUGGGACCCACGGCAGCCUGAACGAUAUGCUGAAAGAUCCACCUUUCCAACCCAGCAUGUCCGAGGAAGUCACGCCACCAUCGCCGCCGUCCGACGCCGAAAUCAGCCACGACCUGGGCUGCAGCUGUGACGAUGAGAACAAAGUGGAGAUCAGUGGACCCUUCACUCGCGCAUCAGACGGGCUCUACAGUUAUAACAGCACCCAGCUGCCGUUUGGUCGACCAGCGGUGAUGUUUGACACUCAGUACAGUCUUCUUCAUCAUGUGGAGUUCAUCAGUGGAUACAGCAAAGAGCGAGCCAUGCCCCUGUGGACAUCAUACACACUGCCACCACCGGAGGACAUGACUCCUAUACCAGAUGCUUCUCCGAGUGCUAAGUGCAUCCGAGUCGAUGCCAGAGUGUCAGCUGAUCACAGUCAGAGCUGCAGCGCCUACAGCCAGAACACCCACCUCACGUAUGGCUUCCUCUUCCCCCCAGAGCUGGCAACAUCUCCCGAGUCCAGAUAUGACGCUUCGCUCAUCACCAACACUGUCCCCAUGUAUCCUGCCUUCAAGAGAGUGUGGAGUUACCUACAAGGGACGCUGCUGCGGCGAUAUGCAGAGGAAAACAAUGGAAUCAACGUUCUCUGCGGCCCUGUUUUUGAUUAUAACUACGACGGCCUUCGAGACACCACCGAGAAGAUAAUAGAGUUCUCAGCUGAUGGCUUCCCCGUUCCCACCCACUUCUACACUGUGAUUACAAGCUGCCAGGAGGUGAACCAGACGGUUGAUGAGUGUGAGGGAGCGCUAAAGGUUUUCUCCUUCCUUCUUCCUAACAAGCCAGACAACAGUGAGGCAUGCAAUAGCGCUGAGGAUGAAUCGAAGUGGGUCGAAGACAUGCUGAAGCUCCAUACAGCCCGAGUACGAGAUGUGGAGAUCCUUACGGGCCUGGACCUCUAUAGAUCCACAAACCUCACUUACACCAACACCCUAAUUCUCAAAACCUACCUGGAGACCUUUGAGAGGGAUGAUUAGGAGCCAGAGACAGAGAUGCACAUAUAGGAUGUAACCCUUUGUAAAAUUCCUGCAUUUUUAUUGCAUGCUCUUUGGACAGACAACAUAAUGCUGUUCCACUGCUGAAGAACCGCCCAAGAAGUGCUUGGAAAGGGAACACAUAUUUGAAAAUUACAAGAAUGGUUUGUUAUGACAGGAAUAUUCAACCCUAGCUACAAAAUCUGUUUAGGAAUAAGCUAGCACAGGAAUGAUGCAAGACGGGUACAGUACGCAUUCUAACGCACACAUCAAGAACCACGCCAGUGUUUUAUCUGUGCCUAAAAGUGAUUUGACCUUCACAUUUCUACUGGCAUAUGCACUGCAUGCUACGAAAUUUAAUAUUUAAAGUUAAAUGUGUUUAGUUCAUUUAUUCGAUGAAGGAACAUAAUCGUUGUGAACUGACACAGUGAGAAUUUUUUAUUGCAAACUGUGAGAAAAUAACACGCAAAUAAGAUUAAAGUGGUUAACAAAUUACAAGAAAAAUGACAACAUCUCAACCAGGCUUUAAUCUCUUUAAUCUUGUAGUUUAACCUGUUCACCGCAGCCAGUAUAGCAGGUGGAAUCACAAACUUUUAAAAUUUCAGCAUACUCCCAAAUUAGUUACUGAGUCCGUAAACUCAUCACAAAAGUUGAUCAAGAUCAAGACAGACUUCUAUAGGUCCAGAACUCUUGGUCUUCAACUGGUCUUCAAACAGAAUGCAGCUUUAAGGCACAUCUGCACUGGCUUAACUUUUCCAAAAGUACUUCCCUGUUUUAUACUGCCUGUGCCACUAAGUAUAAGUCUUUGAUUAUGGGCAGGGUUUUCCCAAAUGGAAGAAAAACGUGAACGCAUAUUUUCUUAUCUUUUAAUUUCUGAAAAUGUAACACUUCUUUUAUGAAACCCAACUUUAUCCCUUUGUCCAUAAACCACUUGAUGGUGACCUAGCAGAUGUUAAGAGUUUAAAGGCUAAAAUGUACAAAUUUGCUGGUGUUUCGUGAGGUGUUUAGUUUUUUGAUUCCCUGAUGAUUUAACCAACACUUGUGUGAUAGUGAAUCCAACAGGCCUAACCUACCAUAGUCCUGCACAUAAAGUGAAAAACUGUCUUGGUGAUUUCAUAAGCA